UUCGACAACGACAACGACCACCUGUUAUCAAUUCCAGCCAAGACCUAAUACACCAGCUGGCCUGGCUGACCGGACUAUAUACAUUGGACAUCUCAUCGUAUCGACACGAUUAAACUAUCCGUUACCUCAAUUGAGCACGCGACAUGGAAAAUCAUCCACCACGAAACACUUGGCCAGGGUCACUUCGGCUUCCUUCGCCGAAUCCUCCGAAGUGCAGACAGAUAACAAUCUUUGGUGGUGGUACAGCUACCAAUCAUCUCGUCGACGUGUUUACCAAUCUCGCUCAAGCCAACAAUAGUGUGCUCAAUUACAUUAUCCCUAUCAGUGAUAAUGGCGGCAGUUCCAGUGAAUUGAUUCGUGUGUUUGGUGGUCCUGGAAUCGGUGAUCUGCGCAGUAGAUUAGUGCGUUUGAUUCCAGACAACGGUGACCCUCACUCCGAAGCUUCUUCCAUCAAAGAACUGUUCAACCACCGUCUCCCUCCUGAUCCCAAGUCAGCACGUCUAGAAUGGCUGGAGAUCGUCGAGUCUCUUCAUCCUUUGUGGCGUCAGAUCUCGACUCCCAAGAAGGAGCUUAUCCGCAGCUUCUUGAACUUGGUUAAUCAAGAAAUCGUCAAAAGAAUGAGACCAUCAAGCAGAUUUGACUUCUCCUCGGCAAGUAUUGGAAACUUGUUCUUGACUGGCGCACGCCUCUUCUCAGGCUCUUUGGAAUCAGCAAUCUACCUUCUUAGCAGUGUUUGCAGCGUUCCUGAAACCAUCACCGUCCUGCCAGCCAUCAACACGAACUUCAGUCAUCACAUCUCGGUCUCCCUGGCCGACGGCUCCCACAUCACGGGCCAGAACAACAUCUCUCACCCUCCGGCACCUUCAUCUCUUCCGGACAUGGCGCCACCAUCUCCCACUCGCAUUCGCAGAGAAACGGAAGAGUCCGACAACGUCGAAGACGCCAAUCUUCCCGGUUCCUUGCCAUCCCUACGCAAACCAGCAAUCAAGUUCUCUAAACUCGAGGAAGAAGACCUACCCAGCAGGAUCGAAAGACUAUGGUACAUCAACCCUUACGGCCAAGAGAUGUCAUGUCCCGCCAACCCUCGUGUGCUCGAAGCACUCUCAAAAUCAUCGACGGUAAUCUAUAGCAUCGGUUCCCUCUUCACAUCUAUCAUCCCGAGUAUCAUUCUCAGAGGCGUGGGCCAAGCCAUUGCCUCGCCCGGCAUCAGAAAUAAAAUCCUCAUCCUCAACAGCAGUAUCGAUAGAGAAACUGGACCUGCUUCGGAUCCAUUCACUGCUAUCGAUUUCAUCGCCGCUAUCGCAGAUGCUUGUGCCGAAAGCAGAGGAUUGAGCAAGCCGAAACUGGAAGACUAUUGGGUUUACGUCAGCCACGUAAUUUACAUCGAGAGCAAGGAAGCUCCCAAAGUCGACAGAGAGAUUUUGACAAAGGCCGGUAUCGAGGGCAUCAGAUUAUACGGCCAGAGCGGCAAGUAUGACGACAAAGCACUAGAGCAGGCUUUGAAGAUGGUUUUGGGCAAGGGCGAGCAAGUUGGCUUAAGCAGAAGAAACACUUUGCAAAGAUGAGAGACAUCUCUUGCAGAUUCGAGAGACGACUUUUCGCAAAGAUGAGGGACAUCUUCAUUACAGAAUUGGAAAUGUGUUUGGAGUAGAAGAAGAGAAUUAAAUCAAAAACUUACUUUGGCAUGCCUUACCGAGCC